CGGCGCUGCUUGGUUAGGCUACCGGAGGCCGUGAGACUGACGGUGCUUCUAGGCGGACGGGAAUAGAGACCAUGUUCCGAGCGGCGGCUCCAGACCACCUCCGGCGGGCGGUGAGUCCUGGAGGGAAAGGCAGAGCCCGAUGACGGCCCAUCCUCAGUGUACUGCCCCUGUCUCAUUGUUACGAUUUCAGAGUACCCUGGUGAUAGCCGAGCAUGCAAAUGAUACUCUAGCACCCGUUACAUUAAAUACCAUCACUGCAGCCAAACGUCUUGGAGGUGAAGUGUCUUGCUUAGUAGCUGGAACCAAAUGUGACAAGGUGGCACAGGAUCUCUGCAAAGUAGCAGGUGUAGCAAAAGUUCUGAUUGCUCAGCAUGAUGCAUACAAAGGCCUCCUUCCAGAGGAACUGACACCGUUGAUUUUGGCAACUCAGAAGCAGUUCAAUUACACACACAUCUGUGCUGGAGCAUCUGCCUUUGGAAAGAACCUUUUGCCCAGAAUAGCAGCCAAACUUGAUGUUGCUCCAAUUUCUGAUAUCAUUGCAAUCAAAUCACCUGACACAUUUGUGAGAACUAUUUAUGCAGGAAAUGCUUUAUGUACAGUGAAGUGUGAUGAAAAAGUGAAGGUGUUUUCUGUCCGAGGAACAUCUUUUGAAGCUGCAGCAACAAGUGGAGGUAGUGCCAGUUCAGAAAAGGCAUCAAGUACUUCCCCAGUAGGGAUAUCAGAAUGGCUUGACCAGAAAUUAACAAAAAGUGAUCGACCAGAGCUAACUGGGGCCAGAGUAGUGAUAUCUGGUGGCCGGGGUUUGAAGAAUGGAGAGAACUUUAAGUUGUAUGAUUUGGCAGAUCAACUACAUGCUGCAGUUGGUGCUUCUCGUGCUGCUGUUGAUGCUGGCUUUGUUCCCAAUGAUAUGCAAGUUGGACAGACGGGAAAAAUAGUAGCACCAGAGCUUUAUAUUGCUGUAGGAAUAUCUGGAGCCAUCCAACAUUUAGCUGGGAUGAAAGACAGCAAGACAAUUGUGGCUAUUAACAAAGACCCAGAAGCUCCAAUUUUUCAAGUGGCAGAUUACGGAAUAGUCGCUGAUUUAUUUAAGGUAGUUCCUGAAAUGACUGAGCUGCUGAAGAAAAAAUGAGUUACCAUAUUUCAAGAAGGAAUAUAUAUCAAAGUAUUCAGUUGAAGUAGAAAUUCAUGGCUAGUAUAAUCAAAAGUAUGAAGAGCUAAAUAUCGUAAUUUAAGAAAAAAUUCUCACAGAUGCCAGAAUGCUUUUUUAUGAGCCUGUUAUUAUAUUUCUUUUUAAUUAUUUGUGGUUCCAAACAAUUACUUUUUGAAAUUUUCUAAUUCUGUAAUAAAAUAUAUAAUAAUAAAACAUUUCCACAGCUUUAAAACUACUACCAGAAAUAUGCCUAGCUUCAUAAAGAAAAAAAACUGAAGAAAAUGAGUAAAAAUUGAUUUAUUC